AUGUCCUCGAAACAGAUCUCACCUCUGUUGCAAACAUGGUAUAAGUGGAAGGCCUUGCGCCUGCCAUGGCGCAAACGCUUCCUUGCUGGCCUGGACCUCCAGGGGAACACAUACUGGGAGUUCCGCGACGUGCGCGGCGACCCCUCCGACCCGCGCACGCGCUGGCGCCGCAUCGUGCAGUACCCGCGCGACACGCACUACAGCGAGCACGCCGAGGUCCGCCGCCAGCACCAGAUGAGGCUGCUCGCCGCCGAGGCCGACGCCCGCUGGGCCGCGAAGCCGAGCCUGCUUGAGCACGACGGCGGGGCGGCGGGGCAGGUCGGCGCGGGCCAGCCUGUGCCUGCUUUGGGGAGCCGCCGGGUAGCGAGGGGAGGAGCAGAGAAGGAGAGUGCUUUGCCUGAGGAGGGGACGCGGAGGGAUGCGGUCGCGUCUGGGUCGGAGCAACAGGCUGCUGCGGCGAAGGAUGCUCAGAAGAAGGACCCAUGGGCACAGAGCAGACGUGGCGGGCCGAGUGAGGACUGGCAGCCGCAAGCUUGGUCACCUCCAGCUUCAAAACGAUAG